AUGCAUCGUAACCGGGGCUCGAGGACGUCGCAAAGAUACGGUAUAUUGACAAGAAAAUUAAUAACAUUUAUUAUUUGUCUUUCAUUUUAUAUAAUAAGUUUAUCUUGUGAACGAUCAUCACCACCAUCAUCAUCAUCAUCCUCGUCAUUGUUAGAUCAAAUGAGUGAUUUUUCUUAUAAUCCGAUGUCCAAGUUUUUAGCAAAUAAAUUCAAUGCCAAUGAUGAUGAAUUAAGUUAUCUUGAUAAACUAACUAAAUUAAAACAAAAAAAUCGUAAAUCAACAUUACAAUAUACCAGUCCAUCUGUUGUUAUUGACGAUUUUCUCUUUCAUGGUGAUCUUGGUCAUGCAUCUAAUUUAUCACUAUUAAAAAGUUUAGAUAUUCGUUAUAUAAUAAAUAUCUGUGAUUGUCCAUUGGAUAAAGAGAUAAUGGAUGAAUUCAAAGUACUGCACAUUAAUUUGGACGAUGAAAUUGGAGUUGAUAUUAAACAACAUUUUGAUCAAACAAAUCAAUUUUUAUUCAGCUGUAAAGAGAAAAAUCAAAAAGUUCUUGUUCAUUGUCAAAUGGGUAUUUCACGAUCAUCUACAAUUGUUCUAGCAUAUUUAAUGAAAUAUCAUCAUAAUACACUGCUUGAAGCAUAUGACUUUUUGCUAAAUAAACGUCGACAAGCUUCGCCAAAUUAUGGUUUUCUUUUGCAAUUGAUUCAAUAUGAAAAAGAAUUGAAACAGAAAAACGAAAUUAACGAUGAUAGUGGUAAAGAAAAAUCCAAACAAAGUGAUGUUGAAAAUCCAGUUAAAACAUUAGAUGAAAAUAUAAACAAAGUGGAAUGA